CGGCCUUCCACGUCCGACCCGCACACCCCGCCCUCUCCUCGCCUUCUCCGCAGCCAGACCGCGACGACGCCGCCGUCAAGCUCAUACUCGUCACGCUGGCUGCCCUCCAUGCUCACCUCGCGCGCCUACCCCCAAGAAGAGCGCACGCCCGUCAGCGCGCUGUUCGCUAAUGCCGUCUCAUCCGGAUCCAAGACGAUCCCACUCGCAAUCCCUUCGACAUCAAAGUCGAUCCCCGCGCCUGCACCCAAAGGCCAUCAGCUAAUGCACGCCGGAUCGUUACCAGUGCUCGGGACAAUCGGAAGAGUGGUGGGCGAGUCCCUGGACACGGACGUGAACGUGAAGCACGGAACGCCUUUUGCGGCGCAUGCGUUCGUGCCGUCAUCGGGUGCGCCCGGGUUUGAUGGCGCGCGCUCGUUGAAUCCGAAGGGAUUCGAAUACGACAGUAAGACGGUGGAACGCGCGAGCGUCAAUUUGGCGGGCAGGAAGGAGAUGACGACGCCCGUGCUUACCGUCGAUCUUGCGGACAAGAUUCGGGCGCAUCUGCCGGCGCUGGCACGAUUGCCACGGACGUGGAACCUUCUGUAUAGUUUAGACCAGCACGGUAUCUCGCUCAAGACGCUGUACGCACGGUGUCAGAACCACUUGAAGGGCACUCUGGUUGUCGUUAAGGACUCUGGCGACGCGCUAUUCGGCGCAUGGAUCGGAGACGGCAUUCGCGUGUCUCCUGGGGCGUACUACGGCAGCGGCGAAUCAUUCCUCUGGCGGGUGCGAGGCGGGAACGUUCAGGUUUACAGAUGGUCUGGCCGGAACGACUACGUUGCGCUCUGCGAGCAAAAGUUCAUCUCGUUCGGUGGAGGUGACGGUCACUACGGUCUAUUCCUCGAUGACCAACUCUUUGAGGGGUCCUCCGCACCAUGUCCGACCUUCAACAACGAGGCCCUCUGCUCCGACGGCCCGCGCAAGGGGUCCACCGUGAGCUUCGAGUGCGUGGGUGUGGAGGUUUGGGGCAUGGGGUAACAGCAUACCUCCACACCACCCAAUUGUAUUAUUUCGCCGCGUGUUUGUCUGGGCGUUCCGCCGGCAUUUUCGGACGAAGGUUUGCCAGCCUUUGUGCAUCACCACUUGUGUAUGCUGUUCACACGUACUGCUAUAAAUCCAC